UUAUAAAUGAGUGUUUGAAGCGAACUGGUUCGGUCGAAUAAAGCCGCUGGCGGCAUCAAAGGCGGCUAAACUUAACAUUGUUCGGCAUUUCGUUUGUAUAUUGUUUUGAAUGCUUGAACGAUGAAUCAUGAAAUCACAAAGCAUCAAUUUAAGUUAAUCAGAUUAUUUGCUUGUUUUCAGUUAAUGGCGUUAUGGUUGGGUCUAUCGAUGGCUUUUCCCGGCACCGGCCGCAGGAAUACCCACGACAUGGACACUCCUAUUUACACCAACAACAUUCAAAGAUUCGUCCAUAGACAGGAGCACAAAAACGAGGAAAUUCGAGCUUUGAAGAGGGUUUUCUUGUCGAAUAGAUCUGUCACUUGUAACGACGGAUCGCAAGCCGGAUUUUACCUAAGAAAGUCUUACACAAGUAAGAAAUGGAUUAUCUUUUUAGAAGGCGGAUGGUAUUGCUAUGACCACCACAGUUGCAGAAAUAGAUGGCUGAAACAACGUCAUUACAUGACUUCAACUGGGUGGCCUGAUGCUAGAGACAUAGGGGGAAUUCUUUCCGGCAGCAUGGAGGAAAACCCCUUCUGGUGGAACGCCAACCAUGUUUUCAUCCCUUAUUGCACCAGCGAUUCCUGGAGCGGCUCAAAACCCUACUCCCGCAGCGAAACGUUUAGUUUCAUGGGCUCAGUUCUCGUGCAACAAGUCGUCCAAGAUUUACUAACUUUAGGACUUGAAAAUAGCACCGAUUUGCUUCUAACAGGGAGUAGCGCUGGAGGAACUGGUGUUAUGUUAAACUUAGAUCCUGUUCGGGAGUUUUUACACGACAAAAAAGGGUUGAAGCACAUCGCUGUGAAAGGAGUAACUGAUUCGGGCUGGUUUCUCGAUAGAACUCCCUACGCUCCAACUUUAAAACCUGCAGUCGACGCGAUAAGAAGAGGAAUGGAGUUGUGGGGAGGACAAGUGCCCCAAAGGUGCAAGGAGUUGUAUCUGGGUGAGCCUUGGAGGUGCUACUUUGGAUAUAGACUGUACCCGACUUUGCAAACCGAGCUUUUUGUCUUUCAAUGGCUGUUUGAUGAAGCUCAAAUGGACGCAGAUAACGUCGGGGCUCCCGUAACAAAACAACAGUGGGAUUACAUUCAUAAAAUGGGGGACGCAUUGCGGCAGAGUUUUGAAAACGUUUCCGCCGUAUUCGCCCCCUCGUGCAUCUCGCAUUCAGUUUUGACAAAACGCGAUUGGCAAAACGUGAAAAUUGACGAUAUAUCAAUCCCUGAAGCUCUUCAUUGUUGGGAACAAAAACUGCACAGGAGGAGAAUUAAGAAAUCCCGAAAUACUAAAAUGUUCGCCGACCAACCCAAGCCAUUCCGGCGACAAAGUGUCAAUUCGACACUCACUGAUGAAGUCGCACAAAAGAAAAAGCGCCGGAGAAAAAAUCUCAAGAACCGGAAAGGAAAGAAAAAGAAAGGUGGGGUUCAAGCGAGUGGGAACAGGACAUCUGAGUUGAAUUUAAUGGGGAGGCCCCAACGUUCUGUUUUACGCACACAAAGGAGGAAACAUUGCACUCAUCGAAGACUGGAGCGGUGUUCGUGGCCACAGUGUAAUCACUCGUGUCCGCGACUUCACAAUCCCUUCACGGGCGAGGAAAUGGACUUUAUCGAACUGCUGAAAUCCUUCGGGCUGGAUAUGGAGAGUGUGGCCAAGGCUUUAGGCAUUGACAUGCAAACGUUGAAUAACAUGGACCAUUCAGAACUUUUAAAUUUAUUGACGCAGCAAUCGAACUGAUUACAUUCGCUCGGAACGACACCCAGUGAAGAUGGAUGCUUUAAUUUUUUUCCUUCAAAGUUGUACAUAAUGAAUAUUUAUUGUAGAGAACAUAUUUUUUUAUUGUAGUUACGGCUAGGAGUAGGUGUUUGAUAAGAAAGGGCAAGCUUUUCAAUUUCCAAAGAAUACUUGCUCUCAAAAUGUAACAGGACUGAUUUUUGUUCUACCUCAAUUGUACAGAGUUUAGUCAGUAAGUUACCUUAUUUUUGUACUAUAGGUGUCACUAAUAAAGAAAAAGUA